CCCCUGCCUCGGUGAGUGUAAGAUAAGCUUUAUGUCAUCGGAACAACUUCGCGUGCAUCCAUUCACGGCACUUGUCUACCUGAGUCACUUACCACCACAUCAACCCUUCGCCACCAAACACUUUUUCUCGCCGACGCAUCGUCAAGAAGUCGACAGUACUCCGACAGAGGCAGUAUACACCAUCAGCCUCAUCUAGACACUGCCACCAAGGUCCUCAGCCCGAAUCCACUCACCCGAACUCGCCUUCCACUUCGCUUCCCGCUGUCCAUCUCCCACCAGGACAAACCAGCAGAGCGACGAUUAGACUCAAGCAAAAGGCUUGAAGGAACGGGGAUUGAGAGCGGACUACACAGCACAAAAAGCAAGCAUGUCGACGGCUGCGCGGCGGAGGCUGAUGCGCGACUUCAAGCGCAUGCAGACCGAUCCCCCGGCCGGCGUGAGCGCGAGUCCUAUUGCCGAUAACGUGAUGACCUGGAAUGCCGUCAUCAUCGGCCCCUCCGACACACCCUUCGAAGACGGCACCUUCCGCCUCGUCAUGCACUUUGAAGAGCAGUAUCCGAACAAGCCGCCGGGCGUCAAGUUCAUCAGCCAAAUGUUCCAUCCCAACGUCUACGGCACGGGCGAGCUGUGCCUCGACAUUCUGCAGAACCGCUGGAGUCCGACGUACGACGUUGCCGCCAUCUUGACCAGUAUUCAGAGUCUACUCAAUGACCCGAAUACGUCAUCGCCGGCGAAUGUUGAGGCGAGCAAUCUCUACAAGGACAAUCGGAAGGAGUAUACCAAGAGGGUGCGAGAGACGGUUGAGAAGAGCUGGGAUGAUUGAGAGGUUGGGCUUUACUUGCUACGACGGAGAAGAAUAUUGGUACGAUACCACCUCGCUCGGGUUUGCUCGUGGGGAGGGUUUCCGGCGGAUCACACGUACGGAGUGUACGAUGCUACGGACACGUAAGGGCUUGGAUUGGAUACCGUGAGAGCGUGCUUGCUGGAAGCGACGGCGUUCAUUCGGAGGGAGUGGGACUGCUCGGUGGUGCUAGCAUGAACAUACCUAUCUUCCUCACUAUCACUGUGAGAUAUGCGCGAGCGAAGUUUCGGUAUCAAGAUCCUCGUUACUCUGUGCCGCCUCUAUGAGCCUUUUCCCUCUCAGCAGCCACGUAUGAACCAACUAUCGGCGGGAUCUCACCUAGAUCUCAUGUAAACUUGCCCCAAGCCAUAUUGAGUGGAGUAUCGCGGCACGUGGUGGUGGCGGUAUGCAGGGUCCACCUACUUUCCAAAUUCGUCGA